AUGGGUCCCUUCCCAGUCCUCGUUCACUCGCUCGCCCGCUCACCCAGCUCCCCAGUUCCCCAGCUCUACCAAAUGAACCCCAUCUCAACAGUUCGGUCGACCAUCGCCCCAGGGAAGGCCGGCCGUCGGCACAGGGGGGGCCUAGGUACUGUAUCAUAG